CCUUUAGUUCUUUCUUCACCACUCCACACUACACUCUAGUCUCACACCAAAAUAAAAAUAAAAAACAUUGCCAAUCAAUAUCUUCUUGUGAUCAUCACAAAAACACAUUGAUCCAAGGCCACUUAAAAUCUCUUUCACCAUGAAGAUAAAGAUAAUGAGCAAAACACAUGUGAAACCAACAAAACUAGUACUAGGGAAGAAACAAUUCCAGCUCACCACAUUUGAUCUUCCUUACCUUGCUUUCUACUACAACCAGAAGUUUCUGCUCUACAAGUUCCAGAACCUUCUAGAUCUUGAGGAACCCACAUUCCAAAACGACGUCGUGGAGAAGCUCAAAGAUGGUUUGGGUUUGGUUCUUGAAGACUUCUAUCAGCUCGCCGGUAAGCUUGCCAAGGACGACGAAGGAGUCUUCCGUGUUGAGUACGACGCCGACGACGCAGAGAUCAACGGCGUAGAGUUCUCGGUUGCUCAUGCUGCUGACGUUACCGUCGAUGAUCUAACGGCUGAGGACGGGACGGCUAAGUUCAAGGAGUUGGUUCCUUACAAUGGGAUCUUGAACUUGGAAGGACUUAACAGACCUCUACUUGCUGUCCAGGUGACCAAGCUAAGAGAUGGGCUUGCAAUGGGCCUUGCUUUCAAUCACGCAGUUUUAGACGGGACUUCCACGUGGCAUUUCAUGAGCUCAUGGGCCGAGAUCUGCCGUGGAGCCCAAUCUAUCUCGACCCAACCAUUCCUUGACCGAUCGAAGGCGCGUGACACGCGCGUGAAGCUCGACCUCACUACUCCUAAGGACCCCAACGAGACCUCCAACGGCGAAGACGCCGCCAAUCCAACGGCGGAACCGCCGCAGCUUGUUGAGAGGAUCUUCAGGUUCUCGGACUCUGCUGUCCACACGAUCAAGUCAAGAGCCAAUUCAGUAAUCCCAUCCGACGGUUCAAAACCAUUCUCCACUUUCCAAUCACUAACAUCACACAUCUGGCGCCACGUCACCUUAGCGCGUGGACUCAAACCGGAGGACAUAACGAUCUUCACCGUCUUCGCCGAUUGCCGCCGUCGCGUUGACCCUCCAAUGCCGGAGGAAUAUUUCGGAAACUUAAUUCAGGCGAUCUUCACAGGAACCGCGGCGGGGCUACUAGCGGCGCACGGACCGGAAUUCGGAGCUUCGGUGAUCCAGAAAGCGAUCGCAGCACACGAUGCGCGUGCGAUAGACGCGCGUAACGACGAGUGGGAGAAAUCACCGAAGAUAUUUCAGUUCAAAGACGCCGGAGUGAAUUGUGUUGCGGUGGGAAGCUCGCCGAGGUUUCAGGUUUACGAGGUGGAAUUCGGUUGGGGUAAACCGGAAAUUGUGAGGAGCGGGUCGAAUAACCGGUUUAAUGGGAUGAUGUAUUUGUACCAAGGUAAAGCUGGAGGGAUUAGUAUUGAUGUGGAGAUAACUCUUGAAGCUUCUGUGAUGGAGAAGCUUGAGAAGAGCAAAGAGUUUUUACUUAGUGAGGAGGAAGAAGAAGAUGAUGGAAAGAAGCUCACUAAUGGCCAUGUUAAUGGCAAUGGAAACGGGUUUGUUUGAGUGUUUGUUUAGUUUAAGGUUAAUUAGUUAAUUAAUCAAACUAUAGAUUUUGGUUAAUUAGCUAAUUAAUUUUAUUGAGGAGAAAAAAAACCUUAUGGGUUUUUAAGUAUGGUAAUAAUUGCUCUUGUGGUGGUUAUAAUAAUCAGCAGAAUGCUGGCGUGUGUGGUAAGGAUUUGUAUGAUUAUGUAGUGUGUUUGGUUUGGAAUUUGUAGUAUUUGGACCAUGGUUUUUUUUGUGGUUUUGUUGUUUAAAUUUUCAUGUACUGUUUGGCAAUAAAAAUGAAAAAUUAGUUAAAAA